GAAGCGCUGCAGAUCUCUGCUGAGGACUGCUCUGGGACACUUGGACUCUACUCGGCACUACUUUAUUGCUGUGGUGUUGAUCUCCCUUGGAUCUGUUGUGAUCCCCUUCCCCUUGCAAUAUAUCCUUGGGAUAGGGGCUGGUUUUGUGUUCCUUUGAAGGAUACAGAUUGGGAUUGAACUGGUUACAGAAUAUCAAAGGGAUGUCCUAAGAAGGUCUCUGGAGUUGGCAUCGUUGUAGUCAAUCAGGAUACAAGUUAUGACAAUGGAAUCUUCAUUUUCAAAAGAUACUGCUUUGGGGAGAACAGUGAGACACUGUUGUUUCUUGUUAAUCUUUCUUCUAAUUAGAAUGGUUCCUGGCUACGCUUCCACUGUAAACUAUGCCGACCCAACGCUGAUGCCCACGGUCAAUGAAGAAUCCAUAAGGAGGCAGAAAAUUAUAAAUCAACAAUUCAGAUGUUAUGAAAAAAUGAAUAGAGAUCCCCCAUAUUCAAAAGCAGGGCUGUAUUGUAAUCGCACAUGGGAUGGUUGGCUUUGCUGGGAUGAUACUCCUGCAGGAAAACUGGUUAUGCAGAACUGCCCAGACUAUUUUCAGGACUUUGACACGACAGAAAAGGCAUCAAAAUAUUGUGAUGAGAAUGGAAAAUGGUUCCAACAUCCUGAAAGCAAUCGGACAUGGUCCAACUAUACGUUGUGUAUUUCUUUUACAAAUGAGAAACUGAAGAUGGCCUUGAUACUUUACUACAUGGCUAUCGUAGGACAUACCUUGUCAAUUGUUUCCUUGUUGAUUUCCCUUGGAAUUUUCUUCUAUUUCAAGAGCCUCAGCUGUCAGAGAAUAACAUUACACAAGAAUUUGUUUUCUUCUUAUGUCAUGAACUCGAUAUUUACAAUUGUUCAUCUUAUCGCAAUAGUACCAAAUUCAGAGCUUGUGAAAAGCGACCCUGUGAGCUGUAAGGUGCUCCAGUUUUUCCAACAAUACAUGAUUGGGUGUAAUUACUUCUGGAUGCUUUGUGAAGGAAUAUAUCUCCACACCUUAAUUGUGGUGGCAGUGUUUGCUGAAGAGCAGCAUCUACAUUGGUAUUAUCUUCUGGGAUGGGGGUUUCCGUUAGUACCUGCAUCUAUUCAUGCAUUUGCCAGAACAAAGUACUUCAACGAUAAAUGUUGGAUGAGUGUGGAAACACAUCUGUUGUACAUUGUUCAUGGCCCUAUAAUGGCUGCACUAUUGGUAAACUUGUUCUUUCUUCUUAACAUAGUACUAGUACUGGUCACAAAGUUAAGAGAUACUCAUCGGACAGAAUCCAACAUGUACAUGAAAGCAGUCAGGGCAACUUUAAUACUGGUGCCAUUGUUAGGAAUUCAGUUUGUUAUCUUUCCAUGGAGACCAGAAAAUCGACUUGCCGGAGAAAUCUAUGACUACAUAAUGAACAUAUUAAUGCAUUACCAGGGUUUACUUGUUGCAACAAUAUUCUGCUUCUUCAAUGGAGAGGUUCAAGGAGCUCUUAAGAGACAGUGGAUGCAAUACAAAACACAGCUGGGUCAGAGGCGUCGAGAACACUGCUCCAUGCGUUCUACAUCCUAUACAGCUACGUCCAUAACAGAAGUCCCCAUUUACCUCUACAAUCACGAUUCCAACAGUGAACAAUUAAAUGGCAAAUACACAGAUGAUUCUGAAAUCACUGCACUGAAUUCAGGGGACUCCUAUGAAUGAUCAUUUGGGAUAAUAACAAAGUUCUGUUCCUUUUUUGGAAACAAAAGCCUUCAACACAAGUCUCAAUAAGGUCACUUACAGUAAGGAGCCAUGACACAGACUCUGGACAUAAGAUGAACACCGUAUAGCUUUUCAUUCUGCUUUGUAUUUUUAGAUAAAUAAUAAUGGAUUCUGCAGCAAAAAAAAUCUGGGCAUAUCCAGAGAAUGUGAAAGUAAAAAAAAAAAAAAAAAAAGGUUUUAUUAAUCAGAGUGACAUCAACUCUUCCAGUGUUUUGCCGCUGAAGGGGUUAAAGAGGUUUCCUUAAACAUAGUACAGGAGAUGGUUAUCUAAAGCUAGUUUAGAUACAAAGAUAAUUCUAUGCUGUAUGUCUUGUUGGAGCGUAUCCUUUAUGUGCAAUUGAUGGGACCUUUGACUAUAGGUUAAAAUACCUACUGCAAUGUCUGAUUUUUCCUUACAUAUUAACUAUUUAUUAUUUAUGAG